UAAUUCUUCUUCAGGAGCUGUUCUUCUCCCACAGCUGCUCUUCUCUGUAUCUACUCUGCAAAUGGUGCAUAAACAAGAAGCGAGUCUCAUUGACACCCUUAGAUCUACUCUCCUACCCAUUCUAGACAUUGAAAGAAAGCAAGAUGUCCGAACAAAACCAACCAACCCAAAACAAACACAAUGACCCCGAAUCCCUCACACAACAAGCACAAACAAUCCCCCAAGAAAUCUUCUUCAUAACCCUCGUCUGCUCCGCCCAGCUAAUGACCCAAGCUGGUCUCGCUCUCUCCAUAACACCCCUACACAUAAUCGGCGACUCCUUCCACAUCACCAGCACCAACAACGCAGGAACUCUCACGUGGUCCCCAGCAGCCUACAGCUUAACAGUAGGCACAUUCAUCCUCAUCUCCGGCCGCCUAGGCGAUCUCUAUGGCCACAAACUCCUCUUCCUAAUCGGCUGGAUCUGGUUCGGUCUCUGGUCGCUUUUAGCCGGGUUCUCAGCAUGGUCACCGGGGAUAAUCUUCUUCGAUUUCUGCCGUGCUAUGCAAGGUAUCGGGCCGGCGUUGUUGAACCCUAAUGCGCUUGCUAUUCUUGCGAGGACGUAUCCGCCUGGUCCGAGGAAGAACAUGGUGUUCAGUUUGUUCGGGGCUACGGCUCCCGGGGGUUUCACGGUGGGCUCUGUUUUUUCGGCUCUGCUUGCGGAACGGGUCUGGUGGCCGUGGGCUUAUUGGGUUAUGGGGAUUGCGUGUUUCCUUCUUGCUGCGUUGGGGGCUGUUGUUGUUCCUCAAUACUCCGAGGAUGGGGACCCAGGUGAGGAGGUGACAUCUUCAUUUGCUAGGAUUGAUGUGCUUGGCGCUGUUACUGGGAUCGCGGCUCUGGUUCUCAUCAACUUCGCGUGGAAUCAAGGUCCUGUUGUCGGAUGGACAGUUCCAUAUACGUAUAUCUUGUUGAUCGUGGGCUUCCUGUCCCUGGGUCUGUUCAUGUUCGUCGAGCGCAGGGCUGCCUGUCCGUUGAUUCCGCCGUCGGUGUUCAAGGGCGACGUCGGCUGGGUCCUUGGAUGCAUCGCUGCAGGGUGGUCGAGCUUCGGUAUCCUAGUUUACUACUUCUUUCAGGUCAUGGAAGUUCUGAAGGGAAACAGCCCGCUGCUAGUGACGGCCAAAUGGGCCGGGGUGUCUGUCUCGGGAGCCGUUGCUGCGAUAAUAAAUGGGUUUCUGCUGGGACUCAUCCCGCCGAGUAUCAUUAUUUUCAUUGCCAUGCUGGCCUUCACGGCGGGACAGUUAUUGCUCGCGACACUGCCCCUUCACCAGAUCUUCUGGGCCCAGGCAUUCGUCCUCACGAUUGUCACGCCAUGGGGAAUGGACAUGUCAUUCCCGGCCGGGACGGUCAUUCUCAGUAAUUCCAUGCCCCGGCAACACCAGGGCCUUGCCGCCUCACUUGUGAAUACGGUCGUAAAUUAUUCCAUAUCCAUCGGCCUCGGAAUUGCGGGCACGGUUGAAUCAAACGUCAACAACGGAGGCAUAGACACUUUGAAAGGAUAUAGAGGAGCCUGUUAUACAGGGGUUGGCCUUGCCGGCUUGGGUGUUUUUCUCGCAGCGUGUUUCAUGUUUGUCACCUGGGAUCGAUCCAGAAAGAACAAUGACAGGUAG